AUGUUGACAAGCGUCCUCUCUUUCACCCCUGAAAUGGCCGAGAGGGUGACCGAAUACUGCACAAAUAGUUCGACUGAUGUUUCAAGCAAUAUGAACGAACUCUGGGACUGGACCGUUCAAGAGUUCGAAGAUGCGGACAAGAUGUCCUCGCCACUUCAGGGAUCUACCAUGAAGUUUCUAGCCGGGUUGCUUCAGCCCAAAAGAAUUCUCGAGAUCGGGUCCUACAGCGGCUAUAGCGCCUUGGCUUGGCAUGAAAGUACCCAGCAGACCGGAGCCGAUAUCGUCACAUUGGAACUCGAUAAGAAUAUGAUUGCUGCUACACGCAGAACUCUCGAAAAAUAUGCCCUGAGCGACCGCGUGGCACUCAUCGAGGGGGAUGCCUCCGAGUCGCUGACGAAGCUAACCGGGUCAUUCGACCUGAUCUUCGUCGACGCCAACAAGGACGGGUACGAAGCAUACGUCAAAACCAUCCUUGACCGAAAGCUUCUAUCCCCGCGCGGGUUGAUCAUGGCUGACAACAUUUUUGCUCGUGGGAUGACCAUCUCCACAGAGAGCAACCCUGGGCUUCCGGAGAAGGUCAGAGGCUACUGGACCGACAACGGCAAGGCUCUGAGAAAGUUCAACACCUUCUGCAAGAACGACGGCCGGAUCGAUACCGUCCUGCUUCCUGUCUACGACGGCCUGACGCUGAUCAAGUGGAAGACGUCUUAG